AUGGUCCCUUCCCGCUUUCCCGAACUCCAUCUCUCCUUUCAUUCAAACGAGCGGCCUUACCCUGACUUUUGCUGGAGAGAGCCGUCUUGUGCUCGUGCUCACAUCCCAAAGCAAAGGCGGGCAGUGAGGCCCUUGCUUGAAGCUCCGAAGCGGUGCCUGGAAUAUGUGACUCUCCAUGAAGGCCUCGCAGAUCAGGUCCACCUGACGCCUGAAGGGCUCAAGUUCCACAGCCUGGAAAGCACCGCCUUCGAUCCGUUCAAUCCGUUGAAGCGCGCGCUACCACAGGCCCUUGUUCACAGCAAGGCAACGGUGGCCAUUCAGGCCUGGGGGUCCUACACCUCCAGCGUCCAGAUGGCCUCCCACGAGUUUCGCCUCCUCCGGGAAGAUGCAGUCCUGGAGCCGGUGGGAUGGAGUUUGGGCGACGAUGGCGCGACAAAGUUGGCCUUACUGGCUGAGAUGUCCGGCAUACCAGUACGGAGAGUCCAUGGCUUGGAUGCACGAGCUUUGCCGCCCUAA